GUCCCCGGGUGGGCCAGCCCCUCCCCGCCCCCGCGGCUGAGGCGGCUCCGGAGCGCGGCGGCGGCGGCUGCCUCUUCCCCGAUCUCGCUGUCUCUCCCCGCAGGGCGGGAGAAAGCGCCGCCGCCCGCGGGGAAGAAGUAAACCACUAAUUAUGCGAAAAUGACUCCAGCAUCCUCCUGUAAUACUUUUCAGCACUGAAGGUAGUUCUUGCAUUGUUUCCAUGAUCUGAAAUGCUCAAUUGGCUUGAAAAGGGGAACACAAGCGCAGAUCCAUAUGGAGGAUGAAUCUCCUCUUUCUCAAGGAGUUGGUGUCAAGGUCUUGGAGGCAACUUUAUUGUCAGCCCUGAAGAUGCUGGAUGUUGGGAAAUGGCCAAUUUUUUCUCUCUGCUCCCCAGAAGAGCUCAAGUUAAUUCGUCAAGCCUGUGUAUUUGGCAGUGCUGGCAAUGAAGUGUUGUAUGCAACUGAAAAUGAUGAGGUUUUUGUGCUUGGCAUGAACUGCAGUGGGUGUUUGGGAACAGGCGACAUGCAGAGCACUAUUGAACCAAGGAGGCUGGAUUCUCUGUGUGGCAAAAAGAUAGCCUGUCUGAGUUAUGGAAGUGGUCCUCAUGUCGUUCUUGCUACAGAAGAAGGAGAAGUGUAUACGUGGGGUCAUAAUGCUUAUAGUCAGUUGGGCAAUGGUACAACAAAUCAUGGUUUCGUUCCCUGUCAAGUGUCUACUAACUUGGUGAACAAGAAAGUAAUUGAAGUUGCCUGUGGCUCUCAUCAUUCUAUGGUGUUAACAUCUGAUGGAGAGGUAUACACAUGGGGUUAUAACAACUCAGGCCAAGUUGGAUCUGGUUCAACAGCUAAUCAACCAAUUCCUCGAAGAGUUACCAGCUGCCUACAAAAUAAAAUAGCAGUUAAUAUAGCUUGUGGACAGAUGUGCUCUAUGGCUGUGGUGGAAAAUGGGGAGGUCUAUGUCUGGGGUUACAAUGGUAAUGGCCAGCUGGGACUGGGCAGCAGCGGCAAUCAGCCAACACCGUGCCGAAUAGCAGCUCUGCAAGGCAUUCGUAUACAGCGGGUUGCCUGUGGCUAUGCACAUACCUUAGUGCUCACAGAUGAAGGUCAGAUUUAUGCCUGGGGAGCCAAUUCCUAUGGCCAGUUAGGUACUGGGAGUAAAAGUAACCAGUCUUACCCUACAACAGUUAUUGUGGAUAAGGACAGAGUUAUAGAGAUUGCAGCCUGCCACUCUGCCCACACGUCAGCUGCCAAGACCCAGAGCGGCCAGGUGUACAUGUGGGGCCAGUGCCGUGGGCAAUCCGUGAUCCUUCCCCAUCUCACUCACUUUGCCUGCACUGAUGAUGUAUUUGCUUGCUUUGCUACCCCUGCCGUUAUGUGGCGUCUUCUAUCAGUAGAGCCUGAUGACCAUCUAACAGUAGCCCAGUCACUAAAGAAGGAAUUUGACAACCCUGAAACUGCAGACCUGAAGUUUCUAGUGGAUGGAAAAUACAUUCAUGUUCAUAAAGUUCUUCUCAAAAUUCGGUGUGAACACUUUCGUUCCAUACUGAAUAACGAUGAUGAAAUUAUAGAAAUGAGUGAGUUUUCUUAUCCUGUUUACCGAGCUUUCCUGGAAUACCUGUACACAGACAACAUUAGGCUCCCUCCUGAAGAUGCAAUAGGACUGCUAGAUUUGGCAACGUUGUAUAGAGAAAACAGAUUGAAAAAGCUUUGCCAGCAAACAAUCAAACAAGGCAUUUGUGAAGAGAAUGCCAUCGCUCUUCUUUCUGCUGCUGUCAAAUAUGAAGCUCAGGACUUGGAAGAAUUUUGCUUCAGAUUCUGCAUAAACCAUUUAACUGUUGUUACCCAAACUCAAGGCUUUGCAGAAAUGGACCACGACCUCCUGAAAAACUUCAUUAGCAAAGCAAGCAGAGUGGGAGCAUUCCGAAACUGAGGUCUUACUCCUCUCAAGCUGAAGAGCACAUCCUCUUCUCUCCUGGAAAUACUUCUCCUUUGGAGAACUUACCUAUGGUCAGCAUGUGCAAAGGUUUGGAAAGAAAGGCUCGGUGUCCAUCAGCUUAGGAAAUGUGUGAAGUCCACUAACGUACAGGUUUUGUGAAGAUGGCUACAGCAUAGAUGUAUGGUGAGAGUUCCUUGCCAAGAGGCAGAAGCUAACAAUAAGAAUUCAAUGCAGUAACUACCCUUUAGUUUGCUUGACCCUUAAAUUCACGCAAACUAAGCUGUCAUUGUCCUGUCUGUCUGGUUUGAAUUUUUUCUUUUUAUAUUUCUGUUUGUUUGUUUUUACACAACCUCCAUUUGGAUUUUAUGGGACAGUGACCUGUUUGCUGCUAAAAUGUUCAUAGUAUAAUUUUAUCACCAAACUACAUUAACAUGCUGUAGUGGGCUGCUUUGUGCCUGGUUUCUCAUCCAGUGAAGGCACAAACUUGUUUUUCUGAACAUACCAUAAACUAAUAUAAAUUCUUCAGGAUGAGACGCUUUCUGGUUAGUAGGAGGAUGUGUCUCCCUUGGUGUUUUUUUGGAAUGUAGCCACAUAAGCCACGAAGAGCUUCGGCUGGAUAUCACAGUUUUGAGUUCGUGGCGCUUACAACUGUUGUUCUAGACAGAAUGAAAAAAAAAUCUUCCUUCCCAUACCAGCCUCUUUCCCUGGCACCCCAAUGGGUCAGGAAGAAUUCGUAGUAUUUGUCUGGACGUGAAUUACUGUGCUGUGUGUUUUGGUGCUGAAAACCAUCUGGUUGCUUGUCACCAAGAAAAAGAAACCCAAACAAAACCCAAGGGAAGGGAAGUUCCACUUGAGGUUGAUUUGUUUAUUCCUGUCUUACUAUCUAUCCCCACAUAAAGCAUCUUAGGAAAAAGGGAGAAAGGAGAUAGUUUUGAAGUGGUAAAAUGGGUUUUGGUUAAAUCUGAUUCUUUUCUGCUUGGCAAUAAAGACACAAAUACAUUGCUGCAGGCUCUCCCUAGGUCAGUGCUGCAAGGUGACCCUGCCGCUCACCUCACGUGCCCAUUUUAGGUGAGAGGAGUUGCCCUCUGGACACCCCUCUCUCUCAUCACUGACCACUGAGGGGACCGGAUGACUAGGCUGGAGUAGAUACUUAUUUUCUAUCUGACUGAAAUGAGGUAAGACAAAACCAUACUCUGUGUUGCAGAGAGGGAGGUUUGCCCCAUUACAGAAGAUGUUGAGCUCAUGAAGCAUUUACUUGGAUUUUCUAAUGGGCAACUGUGAAUUAACCCUGAGAAAUUGUUUCUCUUAAAGUUUUGACUGAAUGAAGUGGCUCUAAGUGCCCUUGGUUAGUGUUCCACAAAUGGAGAAGGCGAGGAGCUGGAUGACCAGGCUCACUACACCAAUAUAAUCAGUCAUGUGACUUCCCUUCAGAUCCUUGUUGAGCCACAGAAGCCUUCAAUGAUUUUUGCCAAUCCUUAGAUGUGGUUUCUAGGAAACUAAUUCCCAUAAACGAUCACAGACUCAUUUCCUCAUUUCUAAAGUACAAAUAACUGUUCUUUAUUAUAUUGGAGGAUCAUUUCUCAAACAAGCCUGUUCCUUGAAGAGUAGGAGGAAAAGGAGAAGCACAUCCCCAGAGAAGAAGAUAAGUAGCCAGUAGUGCCUGUCUUCACAUCAGUCCCACUUCCCCUGUUGUCACUAGAACUACACCAGAUCAUUGACUGCUAACAAGCCGGUUCUGCUAUGCUCCAUGAUUAGAACAACUUCCUCCAGCACCGUAAGUCCAUGCCUUAGCAGCUGUGUCACUUUUUGGUAUUCAAACAGAACUGGUCAAAAACUUUCCAGUACAUAAUGCAGUUUCAUCAAACCCACAGCUUCCCUGGGGAAAAAAAGACCAGUUUUGAUGAGUUUGAAAAGCACCUGAUCAGGCACACAGAUAGAGGGUAGCGCAGAUGGUAAGACAGUGUCAUGGGAGGGCACAACCUUUUUGUAAACCUUAUCUGAUCCAGCCCAGCACUUGUCAUACCACAACACAGACACAAGGCAAUUUUUAGGAAGCCGAGACUGGGUAAUUUCAAGUGUUUUGGUUAAGCUAGGGAUGGCUGGAGGGAAGUCUCAAGAACUGCUUGGCUUCACCUGCCAGCAUUUUCUGAGCCACUGCUCAGAAAAUGGCUUUCUGAGCCAUUUUUCUGAGCCACAGAGUGCGAUGCCACAGACCAACCCAUCCGUGGGUAGCAGCAUGUGCUGACUCUUGCCCUGCACACAGGGCACUGUGCUGGCACACAGCCAGCUGCACUAGGAAAUGGAACAGCGGGGCACCGGGGCCACUUGGCCUUUUGGUCUCUCCGGCCUUCCCAAGAAAUUUACUGUAAAAAGUCUCUCAAAAUGUUUCUGUUCUUUAAGUUAAACCACCAAACCAAAACUGUAACUGUGAAGCGAUUGUUCUUAACAUCUCAUCAGAAAGAUUCUCUGCUCGAUGAAGAGCCUGGCUCCCUGGAGACACUGCUCCAUGGAGGGAAGAGCAGUGGAGCCCGAUACCACUCUCCAACGUUGGCUCAUGUUCAUAGCAGCAGUUCAACAACUCCUGCAGUCAACGUGUCAUGCGUUCUUAGCAAGGCAUUUUGGGCUCAAUAGAACCAUUAGUGCCAUUUUUUUUUUUCACAAUGUAUUUCCUUCCUGCUCGUAAUUUUUAACCUACCGUAAAGCCCAGCUGCAACUGCAGAGCAAUGGACAAAGUCUGUAAUUGUGAGAAAAAGCAUCUCUGGACUGAAUGAGGGUGAUUCUAACGAGCCAGUGCGUCAGUGUUGGCUUUUACUCAUGCAGUCUAUAUCAUCAGGCCUGGAUGCUUUAGCAAUGCAUCCAGAGAGAUUAAUUUAUUUAAUUUUUUAAAUUUUCAUUUGCAUGCACUUUCCUUAGCACUUAAAUGUCAAUGUUUAAAAAACCAUACUGGCUUAGGUGGUUCCAUGUUGAUGUGUAUUUAUAAAUAUGUGCUUGAAACCCAAUCCUGGGACCUAUUAAGAAAUUAGGGAUGUGUUUUAUUGUUGUGAGAUGGGUCUGCAACAGAGUUAAGGUUGUGGAUCUUGCGGGUUAAACACUUCAUGAAGUCUGUAAGCGUUGUUCUGUUUUAGGACACCACAGGCUAAAAGGUGUUUGCUAAGAAGCGUCAGCAAGGUCAAGCAUGAACUUAUCUGGGGUUUAAAUCAAGAGGGAUGUUCUGCUUUGCAUAAAGGGGGAACCAGGUGGAUAAAUUUUGGAAAUAAAUGGAAUUUGAAAGAAGUGAGAGGGAUGGGGUCAUUUAAAGGUUCUCAAGUUCCUGAAGCUGAGAGCCAGCGUUGCACUGUCAUCCAGUCCCCGCCUCUAGUUUUAUUACAAUGCCUGAUAACUACAUAAGCUGCUGAGUUUGUGACCUGAACAAUUUCCACGGGCUUUCCUUGUAAAGCAAAGCAUUUAAUUACCCCAUAGAGACAGGAUGCAGUGGCUGCCACUUAGCAAUGCAGGAAGUUUACAGCCUGCACAUGAAACUAUGUUUUGAUUUCUUGUUUCUUUUAUAAUUGUCUGGUUUUAAUAGACCAUUAAUAAA